AUGCCGCUGCAGAACGGCGGCGGGUGGGCGCUGGAAGCGCAGGCGCAGCAGGCGAUGAAGCAGCCGGCGGCGGCGCGGCGGGGCCGGCGCGGCGCGACGCUUCUGCUCCUGCUCCGGGUGGGCGCGCUGUGCGCCUCCGCGGCCGCGGCUGCGCUCGCCGCCGCCGCCACGCCCGGCGCGCGCCGUUCCGGUUCCUGCUGGCGGCCAACGCCAUCGUGGCGGUGUACUCGGCGUCCGGAGGCCGCCGCCGCCGCGUGGGAGGUGGCCGGGGGCGCCACGCUGCUCCCGGAGGCCAUGCAGCUCUGGUUCGACUUCGCCCACGACCAGGUUGUGGCGGCAGGAGAAAUUUCACGAAUGGAUCGAUCGGACGCGGUGCUCAACGACCGCAUCAGAAUCAUUUUCCAUCAUUGCUUAUGUUGUGCGCGCCAAACUCUUUGGCUCUUCGGCCACACCCUCACUCUUUCGAUCGCUCCCCUGACAAUAAGGUCCCACGCACCGCACGUCGAUUGCGUCUUCCGCGUCUCGCGCAACCGUCCAACUGAAGAGACUCACUCACCAGGAUGGAAAGAGGAGGAAUGA